AUGGUAUUCAACAUGGGCUACGCUGAUUGCAAGCUGGACAGAUUGGGGUUCGAGGAUCCCCCGGUCCCAUGGGAUACCCUGGGCCAAAAGGCUUUCCGGGACCACGAGGGCCACGAGGAUAUACAGGGGAAAGAGGAGACCGAGGCAAGCCGGGUAUUGAGGGGAUCAAGGGUCCAAAAGGAGUGGAUGGAGACAAGGGACCGCAUGGACCAACUGGCGAGCAGGGAGAACGAGGACCUCCUGGCCUCCCUGGCCGGAUGGGAAGAGAAGGCGAACGUGGUCCAGAAGGAGAUCUAG